GGAAAGCAGGGCUCCAAAAGCCAGCUAACCCUGCUAACUUGAGACAGUCUAGCAUGAAGCGAGAUAUGUACAACACGAACUCGAGCACGCCACUCCAGCCGCACCAAUUGCCACGUCGUGGUACCAAAACUACAGCAAGAGGACAAACAGGCUCAGCCAACAGUAGCCUCUGGGGCGAAGCGGCAGCGACUAGUACCCCAGAAAUGCAACUGCUCCGCGACAAAUUUGCUGAACACCCUUAUCCGAUUGCGCCAGUCUCCAAUCAACUGGACAUUACAAGCAUCCCGAUGUCAUGGCCCAGCACCCCAGACAUGGAAUGACACGCUGUACCAAUGGAAGACAGCACACACACCACAGAUCCUCAACACUCCCCAGAAGCCGAACACCAAGAACGGUCCGACUCGGAGAACGAAGAGAUGUGGAUGGAAGACCUGACCCCUGAGGAUGAGGAACACGACAGGAACUGGAAGCUUUUGGAAGAUGCGUCCACGAGUAUGAACGAGGUUACGGAGAGACUAUCACUUGUCGGCCUUGCAGGCCUGUGGGAACAACUCCUCCCAACGUACCCCCAUUGGUUCGCAGGACUGCCCAAAGCCACAUACAAAAGCCAUGGCGAGAAGAUGGUGGGAAAAGACCUAGAAAGCCGUCUGGCAGAGGCAGAAGCUAAUGUCUCCAACCUCGCUUCAACUAACGCUUACCUAUUGAAAUCCUUAGAAUCCAAGGUGACCACGGCCCAAACCCAACCCCUGCCAGAGAGGGACCCGGAUACCGUAGCGAAACCAAUGGUGGCCCCAACCGAGUCUUGGGCAAGCGUAGCAGCAAAGAAUCCACCGAAACCGCAACCCAGACAGGCAACAGCAAAGAAACAGACAGUGAAACCGCUAGACCAAGCCCAUGAAACAGCCACACAGGGAACGGAACACAAACAGAUGGCAGACCUGUUAGAAGUUAGGAAUGUUGAUGUCCCAUACUUUGGGCGCACAGACCUGCAGCCGCCAAAGAUCUUCCAUUAUUCCUUUCUUGUCUUUCUUGUAGAUCGACAUUGCUGUAGGCUUAAAAGCCACUGGAUGCAACCUUUUCUUGCUUCCCUCAGUUCUACUCUCGUGAACUGAGGUGAGGUCUACCUUUUCUUAUGCGACUACUCGUUACUGAGAGAUCGUGUACUUUACUUAGCAUUUAUUGUCCACUAGGUACAUUAAUCACAUCUAGUUCUACUCUCGUGAACUGAGUGC